AGCUGAGCGCCCCGCCGGCGGUCCUGCGUGCGCCACCGCAGACGUGACGGCCAGGUCCGGCUCUUCCUCGGCCAGGCGGUCGCGAUCCCCAGGACCUGAGCAGGUGAAACUGAUCAUCACUUUGAAACAAACAGUAAAGUGAACGUGAGGACUUCUAAAGACAAUGGUGAAGGAAAAGAAAAGAGCAGACAAAAAGGGAGAUAAGUCUGCCCGCUCCCCCUCCUCUCUCUCUGAUUACCCAGAAUUAGCCAAACAAGAUGGCAGUGCGGCAAGGCAAGAGAUGUCCCAUGGUGCUGUCCCAGCAAUGGAAAAACAGUCCAUCGAAUUGGGACCCCGAAGAGAGUCCAAACAGAACCAGCAGAAUGAAGACGCCACUCACUACGAAGAACCCAUUCUCACCAAAAUCAUAGUUGAAAGUUAUGAAGGGGAAAAAGUCCGUGGACUAUAUGAGGGAGAAGGCUUUGCGGUCUUUCAAGGAGGUUGCACCUACCACGGUAUGUUUUCGGAAGGGCUCAUGCACGGACAAGGGACUUACGUUUGGGCCGAUGGACUAAAAUAUGAGGGGGAGUUUGUGAAGAACAUCCCCAUGAACCACGGCGUGUACACGUGGCCGGAUGGCAGCACCUACGAAGGAGAAGUGACACACGGCGUGAGGCAAGGAUUUGGUAUGUUCACAUGCGGCACGUACCCCGUGUCCUACAUCGGCCACUGGUGUUACGGCAAGAGACACGGGAAGGGCUCUAUUUAUUACAAUCAAGAGGGUACCUCCUGGUAUGAGGGGGACUGGGUAUACAACAUCAGAAACGGCUGGGGGAUCAGAUGUUACAAAUCCGGAAACAUAUAUGAAGGUCAGUGGGAAAACAACAUGCGCCACGGGGAAGGCAGGAUGAGGUGGCUGACGGCGAACGAGGAGUACACGGGUCAGUGGGAGAAGGGCGUCCAGAAUGGCUUUGGAACGUACUCCUGGUUUCUGAAGAGAAUCCCCAACUCCCAAUACCCUUUGAGAAAUGAAUAUGUAGGAGAGUUUGUAGAUGGAUAUCGUCAUGGCCGUGGAAAGUUCUACUAUGCGAGUGGAGCUGUUUAUGAGGGAGAAUGGGUCUCCAACAAAAAACAUGGCAUGGGCCGAUUAACUUUCAAGAAUGGGCGUGUGUAUAAUGGCUUGUUUUCCAAUGACCACAUAGUGGAGUUUCCAAAUCUCGAAGUUGAGUUCUUAAGUCACCUGGACCUGUCUUCAGACCUGUCGUUCAAGAACUGGCACCCUGCAUCCUCCCUCAGUGCUGAGAUUAUCAGGAAGCUUGACGGCAGUGAAAGCAAUUCUGUAUUAGGGUCAAGCAUUGAGCUAAAUCUCAGUUUGCUGCUGAGUAUGUAUCCUGAGAAAGAUCAAGCGGAGGAAAAGAAGCAGGUAGAAUAUGCCGUCUUAAGAAAUAUUACAGAAUUGAGAAGAAUUUAUAGCUUUUACAGCAGCCUAGGGUGUGAUCGCUCUCUGGAUAACACUUUCCUGAUGACAAAGCUUCACUUCUGGAGGUUUCUCAAAGACUGCAAAUUUCACCACCAUAAGAUAACUCUUGCUGAUAUGGACAGAGUAUUAAGUACCAACAAUGACAUUCCAGUGGAAGAAAUCCAUUCUCCAUUUACAACAAUACUUUUGAGAACAUUUCUGAAUUAUCUCCUACAGUUGGCUUACCACAUCCACCACAAAGAAUACCAAAACAGAAGCCCAUCGCUCUUUCUGUGUUUUACCAAACUGAUGACUGAGAACAUUCACCCGAAUGCCUGCCGUGUAAAAGGCAGCUUAUUCAGCGGGCAGCAGCAGACGCUCUAUUCCAUGACCUACAUUGACAAGUGCUGGGAAAUCUACACAGUUCACUGCAGACCACACGCAGCUCCUCCCCACGAGCCCUCCAUGAAGAUGCGACACUUCCUCUGGAUGUUGAAAGAUUUUAAAAUGAUAAAUAAAGAAUUAACAGCAACCAAGUUUGUGGAAGUCAUCGCAGAGGAUAAUCCUUUCAUACAUGACGGCGUUGACAGCAACUUCGAACCCGAGCUGGUUUUCCUGGAAUUCUUUGAAGCUCUUUUAAGCUUCGCCCUCAUCUCUGUCACUGAACAGAUGACUAAAACCUAUUUAAAUUUGCCAAAUGAUGACCUGUCUGGAAACAAACAUGGAAGUCCUCACACGACAAAUCAGAACAUCCAGAACAGGAGUUCAAGUGUAGGGACAAGCCAGGAAUCGGACCUGCAGGACGGUAGCACCAAGUCCUCUUCAAGCAGGCUAGGACUCAUGGUUGAUCUCAGCAAAAUGAGAUCCGAGCCCAAGAUCAAGAAGUCUCUAAGUGAUGAAAGAAUUUCCAAAAUGAACUUUAAAUCUCCAGGAAAAGGGCUAAUCUAUUUUUUGUCUCAAAAUGAGAGAAAAGAAAACUCCAAGGACGAACAAAAGGAAAAACUUGCUGUGUGGAUCACAAGUUUGUACAUCUUUUUUGUGAAUAUCUUGUUCCCCGCACAUAAACACGAAGAAAUCCUCAAGCAGAAAAUAAGGGAGAACAGGCGGCACCAGGCGGCCAUGGCCCACCAGAGGAAACUGGAAAACGACGAGCUGGAAGCCAGGCUGAACAGCUUGAGAGAGGAAGAGGCCAAAAGACCAGAAUGUGAUGUGGACAUCACUGUGCUCAAGGAACCGGUGGAUGCCCCAUCCUCGAGUUUCACACCAAGCCCCCCCAAAGAGGACACGGCAGUAUCCCAAUCCAGCAAGCCCGCCGCAAGUAAGAAAAAGAAAAAGUAGAGGUUACGAGCCCCAAGGACAUGCAGAUGUAAAAGGCGCUUACAAUGGAAGCACAGUAACACAUUUCCUGACCAAUAAAAUUGUGUCUUCCUUCUUGUCAUAGUGUCUUUGAAAUACCACUGCCCGGGCCACUGCAUUUCAUGUUUCUUAUGUGCUGG